AUGACGUCUUCAUAUCCUCCAUUCAAUUCGAUCUCGCCAUCUGAUAUGGCCAAUGCGCCCAAUAGGUCUGUUUCGGACUUACCACAAUCCCAAGUCGACGCGAUCAUUCGUACGAAGCGCAAAGCGCGCGAGCCGAAAGCUUGUUACCCGUGCCAUGCGCGCAAAGUCAAGUGCGAUCGCAAUUUUCCGUGUGAUGGGUGUGUCAAGCGCGACCAUGCGGAUCUUUGCUCCUACGAACGCCCUUCCAAGAAACGCUCUCAAUUCGAAAGUCCCAUGGGUGGCACCUCGGCAUCUUCCACAGUGGACCAGUCAACGUUCUAUGGCUACGACGAUCGUCCAUCUAAUAUAAAACCUGAAAUUAUUCCCUCCAGCCAACCGAAUGGGAUCACCACUACAGGUGGGCGUGUGUCGAUUCCCCGAGAUGAAUGGGACAAUGUGCGCAACCGAUUACGAGAGAUGGAGUCGACCAUAUCGUCUUUACGCAUGGGGCUCGAGCGGGCUGAAGAGGAACCUGCCGUAACAUUGGAAUCCAGGAGUGUGCAGAGUGGUGAUGCGGGUUCCCGCUCUAAGGGCGCGUCGCCAGAGCGUGAGGGUAUCCACGCUGCAAACACGCUUGGACAAGGCACCGUUCACUUAGGCUCGCGUUCGGUUUUGGCUUACAUUCUCAAUAACAAGACGGGGUCGGAUCAGCUCCAAGCUCUCAUGGAGGGAGGGAUAUUGCCGAAGCUGGGACUUGACAAUGAGUCUGCAACUUAUCCAUUCGUUGACCUGUGGUCGUCGGAUAUGUCAACAUUUGACAUCAGUGCUGUUUGUAGCGCGCUUCCCACAGAUGAACAGUGCAGAGAAUUCUUUUACUGCUACAAGGAUAUCGCAGGAGCUAUUUAUCCUGUCAUUGAAGACAUCCAUGACUUUGAAAGUAACCUACAGCUUCUACUGCAAAACAGAGCUGCCUCUGGUGGAGUCUAUAGAGAGGAUGCGGAUGAAGCGCAAAAACCGUUCGGAGUGAGCAUUGCUUACUUGGGCCUGCUAUUCUCUGUCCUGGCGUCUGGCACUCAGUCAUCCGAUCUUGGAAGCAAAGAACGAGAAUUAACCUCACAGGUCUACGUGUGCUGUUCAUACCAGUGCCUCCGUAUGACCAACUUCCUAUCCCAACCAACGAUCGAAGCCAUCCAGACUCUCUUGGUAAUUGGCAAUGUGCUAUCUUACAAUAUGAACCCCGGAAUUUCGUAUGUCUUGCUGGGCAUGACGCUCCGCAUGGGGUUGGCGCUUGGUCUGCAUGUCGAAUCAAGCAGAUUCUUACCUGCUGAGCGAUAUCGCAGGCGACAUGUUUGGUGGUCGAUGGCAUGGCAGGAUAGCCAUUUCUCUCUUUCCUACGAUCGCCCUUCUACUACGGCGGUCAGCCAACCAGAUAUUGCAUACAGGGAGGGCUCUAAAGCAGGCGACCUUUCCUAUUUCGAAACCCUCUGUCGAAUUAUCUCCCUGGCAUUGGAAGUGGUUCGCACCCGAAUGCUGAGUCCCCAUGCACAUAUAGGGUUCGAAAGUAUUCAAGGCUAUAAGGAAAGAAUUAAGAACAUCAUGGACGAGGCUAAGUUUUACUUACGCGAUGCGAAAUGGUGUUCUACCCCAACAGAACAUCUGGAGCGGGUGGUGCUGAAACUACACUCGUCGUACUUUUCAUCCGAGCUUUGCCGACCCUCGCUCAAACCAUCAAUCGACUCCUCUGACUCUACGACUGCCAGCAUGCGCGCAGACUGUGUGUCUAAUCUGAUGAUCACGGUGGAGGCCUAUAUUGAAAUGCACAAUAUUAGCACACAUGCUGCUCGAUCAUGGAUUGCAUUGCAGCGGGCCAUCAGUUCCGCAUUUUUGCUGGCUGUUGUUGAAGAGGCGAAGUCCGAGCCGAAGGUUUGGAACCUUUUGCGGCAACUGGAGGGUAUCAUCGCGCAGCGAGCUACUAACGAGAGGGCCUAUGACGCUGCUACCGAUAUGACCUCACCGCCGCAGGGGAUCAACAGAUACGAUCCAAUUACUGGUGCAACUAAUCCGCCUGGCUAUGUCGCACCCAUUGUGGAUUCUACCUCUCCCGCCGCUCCUACUGAACCUCAGACACAAUGGGCCAAGUCUUUGGCCAAAACCCACCGCGCUCUACAAAAGCUUCUCGCGGCUUUCGGUAACCAGAAUUCACGCUCCGUGAAUGCACGUAGCCCUGCCUUUCUGUCUCAGCACAACCACAAUCUGACUGCCACCGCUAUGGGUGCCUUUGCCGCGCCUGCUUCAGCUAGCAUGACCCCCAGUGUUGGGUCUCUUCCACCGCCAACGCCGGAAAGCUCGGGUAGUGGUGAAUGGACAAUACCAAACAUCCUUGACCGAGCCCAAGAGUAUAUUCAUCCGCCGCUGUGGGGCUAA